AUGUCCCUCAACGAUCUCAACCCAAAAGGUCACCGGCGAGCCAGCAGUGGCUCAACAGUUAAAGCAACUCCCAGCAUUCAGCAGGGUUCAAGCAAUGGUCCUCAACCAACGCUCGCCGCCCACCCAGUUCGCGCAGCUCUCUGGGUUCAUGAUGAUAGUUUCUCUUCAGAAAAUCUCCUCAUUAACGAGUCUAUCCUUGAAGAUUCAGAGAUACGCGAAGGAGAUUUGAUUGAGAUCUUUCCCGCCAAGGAAACUUCCGACAUUCGCGAUUUUCAAUCACCCAACAGCGAGAAUGAUGACAGCAGGCGAAAUCCCGACUCAAACUUCGACUUAAAUCAUGACAUUGACAGGAACACCAGAUAUCUCUGCAUCGCCAAAUUUGCCCAGACGGAGUUCAAAGCAAAACAAGCCAAUCUUCAAGUUUCCAUCAAGAACAAUAUUGCUGCGGCAUUUGGACUCCGUUCACGGUCUUAUGUAUGGAUACUACCUGCAUCGUUCGAGGAUACCACCGCCUCCCAUGUCGAAUUCAGCUUCAGGGAUAUGUACCUUGCCCGAUCCGAUAUGUGGCGCCUUGUGGGUCAAGAAUUAGCGGGCAAGACAGUCUAUGCCGGUCAGAAGAUCACUUUCUUGGGCAGCAUCAAGCUCACAGUCAAGUCCAUCCAUGUUCAAAGCCAUAAAGUCCCCACCGCAUAUUUUGCCGGCACCACAAUCCCAGUCUUCCGGAGUGAAGCCGCACGGUAUGUGCUCUUCAUACAAAUGUCCAGUGAGAUGUGGGAUUUCGACUCGGACGGCAACGGCGAAAUCAUGUUCAAUCGGGUCAUUAAUGGAUUUCUACCAGAUCUUUUCAAACGGUGGACUGAUCUGGAUGUUCAUCACCUUGUCAGCAUCGUCCUUUUUGGCCGACUGGAAUACGACCGAUUCGAUCUUGCCAGAAACAAGGAUAGGAGACUUGAAAUGGCACCAUCCUCUGGCUUUCAAAACAUGACAGCUCGUCAAUAUCAAGAUUUCUAUCGAGUCGUUGUUACGGACAUGGCCAGUGCGCAAUGGACAACCAUCUUGAAUGAACUCAAAAAGGACUUUCGUGUCUUUCUGCGGGACAUCUCUUUGCACGCCUCCAGCCACAGUGAAACCACGCUCAAAGAUACCAAGACACAGGCAACACGUAUCGCGGGUCGACCAAGCACUGCAUUGAAGGGAAAUAUACUGGAAGCCAUCAAUAUUGCUUGCACUCAGUUCGCCAACGAUUAUGUGGAUCGAGAUCUUAUUCGAACCGGCGUCUCCAUUGUGAUAAUCACGGCAGGGACCGGAGUCUUCGAAGUUGACCGAGAUCUUCUCAACCUGACAUCUCAAAAUUUGACCAAUAAUGGUGUUGGAAUUGACAUCGUUUGCCUUUCCAAGAUGCCUCUACAUUCCGUGCCAUUAUUCAAAUAUCGGGCCACCGGAACUGAACAAGCUACCCUCCCCCCGAUCGUUAACCCAUUCGGCAUGAGCCCUCGAGGCUCUGGAUCUGGACCAAGUUUCUUUGAUUCCAGCCAACCUCGAAAGCUGUCCCCUGCGUUAUCGUCCAUCACCACCAACAGUGCUCGGUACCUUUCCAGUUACAUGUCCAGACAGACACACGAUAACGGACAAGGAUGGUGUUAUGGAAUUCCUCAAUGGAUCGACCUAUCCUACUGGUCAGCUGAAGCUGAUUUGGCACCAACAAUAAGGCGUGAAGACGAACAAAGGGAUAUCAAUAAGUCGAAACGCAAGAAAGGCCCAUUCGUGUCGCGAGUAAGGAUGUAUGAAAUUCAGAUGAUGGGCCUUAUGGAACUGGGCAUGGCAGAUAUCAGCAUUCCGUUCAUGAGCGAGACCCAAAAUGCAGCGCUCGCUUCCCUCAGCCGCAUCACGUCCAAACGAAGACGAGCAAGCGGGAGCAGAAGUUUGUCCCAUUCUCCGACAAUAUCACGCAAAAGUCGGUUCAGUACCGAGCCGGUACGCACCACCCAGGGAUUAUUGUCAACACAUGCGAAGGCUAUGGGGGAUAUCUUCGACCGUAUGGAUCGAUAUGACUCUGAUUUAUUCCGCACACAUCCAGGCUUUCCAUUGCAAAGCAAAAGCUCGAAACCAGCACCAGCACCGCCUGUGGGAAACAAAACCAUAACCUCAACCUCACCGGGCAAAGCACACACCACCGCCGAAGAGCCUAAAACUGGGUCCAAGGGGAUCAAGGCCCUCACCAAUAAAUCCUUUAAUUCACCUUUCCGACCUCAACUCUCUUCCCUAGCAUCAGCCGAUGCCUCGAGUCAGACCUUGGCCAACAAGAAAACUCCCGAAGUCCCCAAGGUCAACCGCGAUCUGAACUAUUCUUUGCGCGGCCUUGCCCCUCCCGUCCGGGCGGUUGCAAGUACCGAAGUGAAUAUUACCAACGCACAAGCUCAACCGCUAUUCAGUAGCCCAAGCCAUUCACGACCAACCAUUCCAACAUCAGCGGCAAGUAUUCGAUCAGUUUCCAUGAGCAGCGUGAUAGGCGAGAAGAAUGGUGAAGGCAUCGCAACGCCAGAAAAGACGGCUACCAGGUCAGCGAUACGAGUAGAUGACACGCCAUCAAAACCAAUCUCCAUCAACACCCCACUCCGGAGGUACCAUGAUGAUAGGCUCGGAAGCUCCCAACGAUCAAACUUGACGUCCGAGCAGAUGGGAAAAGAUGUCAGCUCUAGAAAAGCGGAUCAUCGGCUUGAUAAGAGAUCUGACGGUGAAUCUUCAAUCUCCUCUGAAAGUGAUGAUCAAGAAGACGGCGAGAGUAUGGAACCGUCAGAAGGCUGGUUAGGAUCCUCUAUCGCUAGCUCCGUCCCAAGGAGCACUGUUCCUUUUAUAAGGAAUGUCAAUGCGUCGAAUCCUCUAAAGCGGCAUCCAGACAGAGAAUCCUUCUUCGGAAGAUGGCAACACUUGUAUCCACGAAAACCUCGCGCGGCCACCGUCAAAUGGCGAUCGCUUUGCACGCCUGCCUCCGUUCCUUUGACCACUGAGGACUUCCCUACGAAGCAGGAGCUAGAAACCGACUACGACAUAACUGCUUACGACAUCAGGUUGGAGAACUCGAAUGACAUGCUUGAGGCUCCUGAAUCUCGGGACGCAUUAUUUCGAGAAAUGCUAGCCCUGAGAUUUUCCCAUGGUUAUCAAUUAGUCGUGGGUCCGUCCUUGAUUGAAUCCGUUGGGCCCGGGAUGUGUGACCACUCCUCAUUCUUCACCCCUGGUCUUGUUCGGUCAGAUGGACUUCUUACAUACAUGUCGAUGGGAAAUACAAUCCAAAGAUUGUCACUUCAAGACUCGAACCGCAUUCGAGUGACCAAAUAUGUGCGCAGUCCUCCAAACGUCCAACCUCCUUACUCUCAGCAAAUAAACUAUCAUCCCAACAUCAGGACUAUCCUGUCGGACACAUACAAGAUCCGAGACAUGCAAUUCAAUGGCUUUUCGGAGCAAUAUCCUUGGGAAGAGGCAGAUCAGUAUCUUGCUACCUUCAAAAAGCAACCAGAUGCAGAUGUAGGAGCUCUUCGUUUCUGGCGUGCCCGCUUUGUCCUGAUACCGGUGCAGCCGCCGGCAAAUGCUUGGAGGCCUGCACCUUCUGAUACUGAAGAAAAUGAAGAAGAGAUACAUCUACGCGGCAUUCGAGCAUUGACACAGAUGUGGCAAAAAGCUCGCUAUGUCCCUCCAGAUGAAAGAAGGCCCACUCACAAUCGCCUCAGCACGAUGAAGCGGAAAGAUCGGAAUCCUUUGAGAAUCAAUCUCGAAACUCUAAACCCUUCGGAACUGGUGGCGACGGAGCUCGAUAAGUUACUCGCUGCCGAAGAGGGCGGUGAAGUCCAAACCACGCAACUUCUCCCUGAAUCUGAACAAUUCGAGAAGGAAACUUUCAGCUUAUCGAAGUUGGCGCAAGCCUUGCAAGGUGAAAAUGGAAUCGAAAUCAAAAAUCGGCGAUGGCAUUGGCGUCUACACUAUAGCUGCUUCAUGGGAGAAGAUUUGACGAAUUGGCUCGUCCACAAUUUCAGAGAUAUCGAAACCAGAGAAGAGGCUGUCGAAUUGGGUAACGACCUGAUGAAAGAGAACUUGUUCGAACACGUCAACAGCCGUCACACGUUCAAGGAUGGCAACUAUUUCUACUCUAUCAAACCAGAAUGGCGUGCACAGCGACCAGAGAUCCGACAGUCGUGGUUUCCCGCAAGUCGACGCUCGGACCGGUCAAUUCCACCCACUCCAAUCACGGAUCAUCCAAACCGCGACUUGAUGAGUCCCCGGUCGCGAUCAGGCUCAAAUCUCGCCGGCCAAGCACAGGUCAACUCCGAACUUGCAAAGUCUCUGGGCGAUAAGAAGAAACGGACUGUGACAUUGAGCAAGGUGAUCAGAAUCGACGUCGAUCUCAGAAAACGCUCGAACCGGCCCGAAAUCAUCAAUCUCCACUACGACAGACUUCACAAUCCAGAGAACUGUUACCAUCUUGAACUCUCCUGGUUGAACGUGACGUCGAAACUAGUCGACGACGCCAUCAUCAGCUGGACGACACAGGCCGAGAAAUACGGCUUGAAGCUCGUCGAAGUCCCCAUCGCAGAGGCUGCCCAGGUGCCUGAACACGAACCAUUCCGCGCCGCUCACAGGAUCAAGCUUGCCCUCGAACCCCCUCACCGCAGCUCCGUCAGCAACACGUAUUUCACAGCGACGUCGUUCGGGCCACAAACUCCAUUGAACUCGGACAUCCACAUCUACCAAAAAGCAUUGCUGAAGCGGUUCAACUUUGUGCUCGACCUCGAGGCACCCUCCGAGUUUCCCGAGAACGUCGAGAUUAAGUAUUCAUGGGGCAAGUUGGAUUAUAGAUACACACAAUUCGUACAUCGGUCGGGCGUCGUUCUGGCGCAGAUCACAGACGAUGGCGACAUCCUACUUCUAGCGAACCGCCUGUAUAACUCGCGACAAGCUUCAAGUAAAGACUCAUCGUCAAGAUUUGACAAUAGCAAGAAGGACCUGACACCCAAUGUGUCAAGUUCCAUGCUCGUGCGCCCUCCGACGCUCUCUAUACAAUUCGCUCCAGCCCCAAACGUACAAGCCUCCGGCAUCAUCGGCCUGAACGUCCAGUCGCCACAGCCCGGCCCGUUUGCAUCACCACUCAUUCGUCCCUUCCCGACCACGCCAAACCCGUCUGCUACAACUGCUACGACGUCCUCUUCCUCCGGUGCCUCAGCUACCUCAGCCACUGCUGCUACUAGUGCCACUGCAGCCGGUGCCGCCACGGCCCAGGUCAUAACAGCCGACGUCAUCCCCGCCGGUGGCAGCGCUCGCCGCCCCCUCGUCUCUUCAGAUUCGGGGUUUUCCCACUACGUAACCCCCGAACAAAUCAAAGACGACCUCGAGUCCUUCUGCCAUGACUCCGAGCGCCUCGAGGCCUUCUUCAAAGAAGUCACAGCCACAUUACCGGCGCUGAGGGACAGAAAGAACGCCCCACCAGGCACGAGCGGGACAAGUUCGAGUCUUCUGCGCCCGAUUUGCGAGCCGGAAUCAGAGAGGAGCAUUCCGGAAUUCAGAUUACCGGAGGCGGUCAGCGUGGGGUUACGAAGGGGUGGGACGGAUUGA